AGUUUGAAAAUUUUAUCAAGUAGAGUUAACAAGAGAGUGAAAGUUGGUUAAUAUAUGAAAAUAGUACACAUGAUCUGUGUGCCUCCAUAGAUAUGAUAAGAUAACAUUAUAUUACAUGUUAAAUUCUACUCUCAUCGGAGCUCUGCCAUGCACAUCGGCGGCGGCGCCGCCGCCACCACCUCCGAAGAUGGAGAUAAACUCCAUGCCCGAAGCUCUGCAACUCCAUGCCCAAAUACUCAAAUCAGGCAAAACCCAACAAAAGAACCUUACCAACAUCUUCACUUUCUCAGCUCUUUCCUCCAAUGGCGACCUCACUUAUGCCCGUCUCAUUCUCAACUCUAUCCCAUCCCCCAAUUCAUUCCACUACAACACCAUGAUCCGUGCCUACUCUCGGAGCCCCGACCCAAUCAAAGCUCUACACUUUUUCCUCUAUAUGGCUCGUAACAGCCCGACCCGACCCGAUAAGUUCACGUACCCGUUUGUUCUCAAGUCGUGUGCUCGAUUGGGACUGAGUCAACAAGGGAAACAGCUUCAUGGGUUGAUAUUAAAGUCGGGUUUCUGCUCAGAUAGGUAUGUGCAGCAUUCUUUGAUUCACAUGUACUGUGCUUGUGAGGAAGUUGGUCAUGCGUAUAAGGUGUUUGAUAAAAUGUCUGAGAGAGAUGUUGUGUCUUGGACUGUGAUGAUUGAUGGGCUUGUUGAUAAUGAUAGACCCAUGGAAGCAAUACAAUUGUUUGAGGAGAUGGUUAAGGACAGAGUUGAAGUUAAUGACGUUACUGUUGUGUCGAUUUUGAGAGCUUGCGCGGAGACAGGGGCGUUAAGCGUUGGAAUGAGAGUUCAUGAGGUUGUGAAGGAGCAGAGGAUUGGUUUGAAGGCUCAUGUUAGCACUGCACUUAUUGAUAUGUACGCGAAAUGUGGUUGUAUAAAGAAUGCAAGGCGAGUUUUCGACGAGAUUAGUGUUAAUAAGGAUGUUUAUUCUUGGACUGCCAUGAUAGCUGGGCUUGCAAGCCAUGGGAAAUGUGAAGAUGCUAUUGACUUGUUUAAUCAGAUGCAAGAGCUAAGCAUAAAACCAGAUGAGAGAACAAUGACUUCGGUUUUAUCAGCUUAUCGAAAUGCAGGUUGGGUGAGUGAAGGUUACAGAUUUUUGAAGACUAUGCACAAGAAGUAUGGAAUCUGGCCUACAAUUCAACAUUAUGGAUGUGCUGUAGAUCUACUUGCUAGAGCUGGACACUUAAGUGAUGCUGAAGAGCUUAUCAAAAAAAUGCCUGUCAAACCUGAUGGGGUUUUGUGGAGAACUUUAAUAUGGGGUUGCAAAGUUAAUAAGGAUAUGAAUCGAGCUGAGCGUUUGAUAGAUCAUCUUAAGAGUUUAAAGAUGGAUUCAAGUGAUGAUUGUGGCAAUUUGGUGUUGAUUGGAAAUGUGUAUGCAUCAGCAGGAAAGUGGCUUGAUAAGGCAAGAACUAGAGAGUUGAUGAACAAGAGAGGACUUGUUAAGCCACCGGGGGCUAGUAAGAUUGAGAUUGAUGGGGCGGUUCAUGAAUUCAUAGUGGGAGAUUCAGAUCAUCCUGAAGCCGAAAAAAUAUAUGCCAAGUUGGAUGAAAUAGAAGAGAAACUAAGAGAAGAAAAGUAUCAGCCGAAACUUCACGAGGUCUUGCUUGAAGUCGAUGAUGAGGAAAAGGCGUUCCAGUUGAGUCACCACAGUGAGAAGCUUGCUCUUGCAUUUGGACUUAUAAAAACAAAUCCGGGGACUGAAAUUCGGAUUGUGAAAAACUUGCGAUCUUGUGAAGACUGCCAUGCUUUUAUGAAAGUGAUUUCGAAGAAAUACCAUAGAGACAUAAUAAUGAGAGAUCGAAUACGCUUCCACCAUUUUAGCAACGGGGAAUGCUCUUGCAAAGAUUACUGGUGAUAUACCAUACCAUCAAUGGAAAGAGAUUACUUUAUUGUGUAAAAGCAAAUGUAGAGAACAAAGUUUCAAAUUUUGAAUUUCUAUUGGUUCAAAUUUGAGAACUUUUCAAGUCUGUAGCUCUGUAUUUAAGCAUUCUGCAGGGUAGUAAACGUGUACAGAAUUUCAUUUGAGUCAAGAAGAUGACUUUCAUGGGCUCUUCAAACACUUCAGAGACUUAUUUUACUCUCAGCUAACAUUGUAUAGAUACCUCAGCCUCAGCAUGCAAGAAUCUAGUAACCUUUAGUACAAAACCCCCAUUUUUCAAUGUAAGAUUUUAGUGACUUUUCUGGUAGUUUUCUGGUCUAUCUACCCUAUUUGUUGUUGGAUUCAUGUGUACUGUAAUUUUACUUGAAUACAUAGAUACGUAGAUAUAAAAAUGUUGUAGUAAGCUUACAUUAUGC